AUGGAUGCUAUCUCUGACAGGGCUUUCACAGAAACCGCAGCGACAACAGCGCAGAAUAUACACAAGGUUAUCGAUGAGACGCCCUCACUUUUGACUGUCAUAUUGGAUGUGCAUCCUUUGGAAUGGAAGAAGUACAUGGAGCAGAAUGAGAACGUUGAGUUUCGACAUGUGACGUCUGCGAUGCUUGUGAUGUUGAACUCGCAUUUAGCAUUAAAUAGUGGCAACGAAGUGUCCGUUUACGUGGCGAAUAGCUUUUAUCACGGGGCCAAGCGAAUGUUUCCCUUGAAUGAGGAAGUUGAUGAGGAUGAUAAAAUCAAAAAAGUGAGGCCCAAAAUCAAAACAGAUGGCCCGAAGAAGAAAACCCCCUUAUUGAAAAGUAGAGGUAUAUAUGGGCAGUUCAAAGCGAUUGACGCUAAGAUCUUGGACGCACUAGAUGAAAUGUACAAGGUUGAGCCAGAGCGAUUGCGCCAGAUCGUUUCAAAGGACAAGAACUUUGUCAAGGGAACGAUGACGGGGGCUAUUUCGACCGCGUUGACAGCCAUAAACAAGUUACAAAAAACAGAGGACAAGUUGAACAUGAAGGCACGAGUGAUGAUCAUCAGUGUCAGCGGUGACAAUACGCUUCCCUACGUCUCGAUGAUGAAUACGAUUUUUGCGGCACAGAAAAUGAAGGUCUCGCUGGAUGUGUGUAAGUUGGGUGAAAAGUCCAUUUUCUUGCAGCAAACCUCCGAUGCGACAAAUGGGGUUUACAUUGACAUCAAGCACCCAUCUGGGCUGAUACAGUACAUGAGCAGUGCAUUGUUCAUUGAGCCGUUGCUACGGCCGAUUGUCGUGUUGCCCACAAACACAAGCGUGGACUUUCGUGCGUCCUGUUUUGUAUCCAACAAGGUGGUUGACGUCGGUUAUGUCUGCUCUGUGUGUCUCUGCAUUUUGAGCAUGGUGCCGAGUGACGAGCGGUGUCCCACGUGCUUCUCGAAAUUCGAACACAAGCUGAUCACAAGAAUGAAGCGGAAACCCAAGGUUCUUCCCUUGGAAGUGAAGAAGAAGAAGAAGACACCGGAGUGA